AUGAUGAGCCAACAAACUACUUCCACCACAAAUGGUAAAAAAACCGAAAAUAUUAAAAAAAAUUCAGUGUCACCAUUUAGAGCAUCUACUGCCUCGCCCUUUAUUAAGAGAGAACAAUUGAGACGUGGGUUUUUUAAGGCUAGGAUGAAAAAAUUGGCCACUACUAAAUCAAUUGGUGUUAAGAAAGAAGACCCAGAUCUAGCAGCUGCUAAGUUAUUGAAAAAGGAAGAUGGCCUUACUGUCGAUGGUUUAGUACAACAUCCUUCGGCAAAGAAAAAAAAAGCUAUUACCACUGAUGCGAAUCAAUUUGAAGAAUUUCCGUUACGGGCUGUUGAUGCAUCAGCUCUAAAUAGUGUUAAGACACAUAUUAUGAAGUUUCAAAGUAAGAAAAAAUUAGAGCCUGUAAAAGAUUUCCAUUUACCAGUACGUUUACAUCGUAAAGAUACUAGAAAUUUGCAAUUUCAAUUAACAAGGGCAGAGAUUGUUCAAAGGCAAAAGGAAAUUACAGAGUAUAAACAAAAAUUACUGGAAGAAAAGGGGUCUAAAAGUAUUCCAACAAAAUAUUUCAAUAGUAAUUACACAAAUAAAAAUAAUAAUGAUUAUAAAAACAAAUAUAACAAUAAUGAUAAUAAUAAUAAUAAUAAUAAUAAUAAUAAUAAUAAAAAUAUGGGACCACCAAAAUUAUUCAACGGAACUUCUGUUACUAAUAAUAACAACAAUGAUAAUGAUAAUAAUACUAGUAAAUCUACUGAUCACCAGAACAACACACCCGAUAUUGGUCAUGGGAAGAACAAAGAUAAAGACACACCUGAUACUGAACAUCAACACAAUCCUGAAGAAGUAGGUAAAGUUUUAUAUGAUGGUAAAGAAGAACCAGAAGAGUUUGAAGAGGGUACAACAGAUCCACUAGCAGAUGUGGCACCUGAUGGUGGAGCAAGGGUGGUUAAAAGGGGCUGGCCAAAGAGAAGAACUAGAAAAUUAAAAUUAUUAGAUGAAAAUGCUAAAAAAUUGAGAUUUGAAGAAUUUUAUCCAUGGGUUUUGGAAGAUUUUGAUGGUUAUAAUACUUGGGUUGGCUCUUAUGAGGCUGGUAAUUCAGAUCAAUAUGUCUUGUUAAGUGUUGAAACCGAUGGUAGUUUCACCAUGAUCCCAGCAGAUAAAGUUUAUAGAUUUACCGCAAGGAAUAAGUAUGCCACAUUGACCAUUGAAGAAGCUGAAAAAAGAAUUGACAAGAACAAGACCUCGGUGCCACGUUGGUUAAUGAAACAUUUGGAUGAUAUUGGUACUACUACUACUAGAUAUGACAGAACAAUGAGAAAGUUGAGAGCUGUUGAUAGAAGAACCGAAGAGGAUGGCGAAGAUAGAGGAGAUAAUUCUGAUAAUGAGUUGGAUUUUGAUGAAGAAUUCCAAGAUGAUGAAGAGGCACCAAUCAUAGAUAACAAUGAAGAAGAAAAUAAAGAAUCCGAACAAAGAAUUAAAAAAGAAAUGUUACAGGCUAAUGCUAUGGGGUUGCGUGAUGAUAAUGUUGAGCUUGAUGACGAUAAUGAUGACGGGGAAUUGUUUGGUGGUAAAGUUAAAAAGGAAAUUGAUGAGGAGGGUAAAGAAGUCAAGAAAGCUUUGAAGAAAACUGAUUUGGGUGCUUUGUAUGAUUCCGAUGAUGAUGAAGCAAAUCCGUAUUUAUCUAAAAGUGAAGAUGAAGAUGAGGAACAUGAAGGAGAUGAUAAUAAAGAUAAAUCUAAGUCACCUGCUGUGAAGAAGGAAUCGACUGAUAAAGACAAUGCUGCUGUUACAGAUAGCAACAACAGUAAUAAUAAUAAAAGUGAAACCAAAAAAGUUAAAAAUAAAUCACCUCAAAAGGGUAAGACGAAGAAAAGUAAAAAGCCAAUCAUUGCUGUUAAAAAGUCCAAGAACGGUGUUAUUGUUAUUAAAGGGGAUAAAACGGUUUUGGACAAAUUUCCUAGUGGCGAAUGGAAUCCAGAAAUUGCUAAUAAACGUAAAUUGGAGGAUAUACUAUCAAAUAAGGAUGAUAAAUCACCAAGUAAAAAGAGAAUUAAAAAGCCACUAGAAAAUGGUAUCCCAGGUAACACAUCAAUGAAACCAGGCAUGUCACAAGAUUCAAAGAUAUCAAAUGUAAAUACUAAAGGCAUAGUUUCUAGCAUUAGUGGUGGUAAUAAUGUCACUGGUAAUAACGAUAAUAGUAAUAAUAGUAAUAAUAGCAAUAAAGAAGUUUCUGUUUCGAAUAAUUUGUUGACGGAACAAGAUAUUAUUGAAAGGGUUACCUCUAGAAAAAUGACAUUAAAGGAUUUAAUUAGAGAUUUAAAGAAAAAAGUUUCUAUGCAUCCUGAAAAUAAGGAAAGAAUGAAGAAUUAUGUCAAACGUUUAGUUAAACUGAAUAAUGGAUAUUUGGAAUUAAACACCCAACAUGUCAAUUCAUAA